ACGGUCACACCCGCCUGCAAAUUCCACACAUCUGUGAAUUUCGUAAAUUUCGAAAGCUGCUCCGGAAAACCGGACGGAACCUUUCACCUUGUUUUAGGACCAGUUGCUCCACCUUUAAAUCGCAAGAUGUCUAUUAAUCUGCGCACCGUCUACGCAUUCGCAAGGGAAAUGUACCCGAAAACCUCGAAGGAGACCAUUCAAUACGGAACAGCUGGCUUUCGCGGCAAAGCCGAGUUCCUGGACAGCGUGAUGUUCCGCAUGGGAGUUCUUGCCACCUUGCGAUCCCGGUUUCGUGGAGGUUCCGUUAUUGGUGUGAUGAUAACGGCAUCGCACAAUCCGGAGCCGGACAACGGAGUAAAGCUCGUCGACCCCAAGGGCGAGAUGUUGGAGACCAGCUGGGAGGCGAUAGCCACCGAUCUGGUCAAUGUCAGCGACCAGGAACUGGAGCAGCAUGUAGCCAAGAUUAUCAAGGACAACAACAUCGAUGUCACGACAAGUUCACAGGUGUUUGUGGGCAUGGACAACCGGUACCACAGUCCGAGAUUACUUAAAGCGGUGGCCGAUGGCGUGAUUGCCCUGAAGGGUAAUGUCAAGGAGUACGGCAUUGUGACCACGCCUAUGUUGCACUACUUUGUGGUGGCGGCGAAUACGAAGGAAGUUUAUGGCAAACCCACCGAGGAGGGGUACUACGAGAAACUUAUCAAGGCCUUCGAGCUCCUGCGAAACGGACGCCUGGAGAACGGGAACUAUAAAAACAAAAUCAUUUACGAUGGUGCUAAUGGAGUGGGUGCCCGCAAAAUGCUGCAGUUUAUCAAGCGAAUGAAGGGUUCCUUGGACGUGACGGUCAUUAACCAAGGCAUUGGCGAGGGCAAGAUCAACGAGGACUGCGGCGCAGACUACGUGAAGGUCCAACAGAGGCCGCCGAAAUCCAUGCCCAUUGUGGAGCCAUUUACGAGAUGUGUUAGCGUGGAUGGAGAUGCCGAUCGAGUAGUUUACUUCUUUAGCGACGACAAGGGCGAGUUCCACCUGUUGGAUGGCGAUCGCAUAGCCACUUUGGUCGCCGGAUACCUCAUGGAACUGGUCACUAAAGCCGAAAUAAGUUUGAGGCUAGGUUUGGUGCAGACAGCAUACGCUAAUGGUGCAUCCACGGACUAUAUAGUCAACGAGUUAAAGUUCCCCGUUUCCUGUGUCCCCACGGGUGUGAAGCACCUGCACCACAAGGCUUUAGAGUACGACAUCGGCGUGUACUUCGAGGCAAAUGGCCAUGGCACUAUUGUGUUCAGUGACAAUGCAAAGGCCACCAUUGCCCAGGCUGCCGAAACGAAGGAGAGUGCGAAGACUUUGCUGCUUCUUAUCGAUCUUAUCAACGAAACCGUCGGAGAUGCGAUUUCGGAUAUGCUAGUCGUGGAAACUAUCCUCAACCACAAGGGCUGGGAUGUGCAGGACUGGAUCUCAUCGUAUAAUGACCUGCCCAACCGCCAGCUGAAGGUUAAGGUGCAGGAUCGCAAUGUAAUCGAGACAACGGAUGCGGAACGAGUGUGUGUGAAGCCGGAGGGUCUCCAAACGGAAAUCAACAAGGUGGUGGCCAACUAUAAAAGGGGUCGCUCCUUUGUACGUCCAUCCGGAACUGAGGAUGUAGUGCGAGUUUAUGCCGAAGCGGCCACCAAAGAGGACACCGAAAAUCUUGCCUACGAAGUGGGACUUUUGGUGCAAAAACUUGCCGGGGGCGUUGGCCCGGAAUUGACGAAACCCAAUAGUGCCCAUCUUUAAAUAAAAAACAAACCAACCUCAAACGAUCAUCGACACAGGUCCUAGCUUGAGCAAUAAAUCUCUUAACGUUAAGGUGCUCAAUAACUUAAAAGUCCUAACUCUCAAACGCAUUUAUACUGUAACUGUUCAUUGUCCUGUAUGUUCUAAAGAUUGAGAUGUUUUUUUACCACUAAAUAUAAAGUUAUAUUUAUUUGUACUUUGUGGAAGUUAUUGUGAGUGUUUAUGCAUGAUUGAAAAGCUUUAAGAAUAUGCAUUCGCUCCGUUAAAUUUAUUUGUUGAGCUUCUAGUGGUAACUAUUGAAAUUAAAAAUAAUAACGCUGAUGAUAGAGAUUAAAGACCUCAAUAAAUUUUGUAUGGCCAUUUUCUAUAAAAUAAAUUAUUUUCAAAUUCA